AGCAGCUCUUCGUCAGUUUGGCAACAACAGCCAAAGCGGAAUAAUCAAGAAGAAAUAAACUUUAUUUACAGCUUGAUAUUUUCACUCUAGGCCUUACCUGUAGAAAUCCACCCGCUCGAGUUUUUUUUUUUUCUUCUCCAAACUGGUUUGACCAGGACACACCUGUAGGAAGAAAGGGAGUCCUUGUGUGCUGAGACGGGACUUUGUUGCUCCAUUUUCGAGCUGUGUGGACGACGGACGGACGCAAAGCCAGCAGAGGAACACUUUUACACAAUUUAUUGGAGUUUGUUUUUAUUCCACUUCUCACCAUGAAACUCUGGAUUGCUCUCCUGCUCGCCGCAUUCGCGGUGGGAGCCUCGGCUCAAUGCUCCUGUGACACUAUGAAGUGGGCCAUCUGUGACGGCACCCCUUGUACGUGCACCCUGUGGGUUGACUCUGGUGUAAAGCUACCGCUGGACUGCAGUAAAAUGAUUCCCAAGUGCUUCCUGAUGAAGGCUGAGAUGUACAGAGCCAGGAAGGGCCUGAGCACCCGCACGGGAGGAAAGCCGGCGGAGACCGCCUUUGUGGACAACGACGGCAUCUACGACCCAGAGUGCGAGGCAGACGGCAAAUUCAAGGCCAAGCAGUGCAACGGCACAGAGGAGUGCUGGUGCGUCAACAGCGCCGGCGUUCGGCGAACUGACAAAGGCGACAAAUCCCUCAAGUGUGAGAAGCUGGUGGAGACCUACUGGGUGCGUCUGGAACUGAAACACAAAGAGGUGGCAAAUAAAAACAUCAACAAGGACGACCUGAAGACGGCCAUCGCAGACGCCAUCAACCAACGCUACAAAUUUGACAAGGCGCUCGUGAAGGAUAUCGAGUACGACGGUGAUGCCCGCAUGAUUGUGGUGGAUGUGCAGAAGCCAAAGGGAGACCGUAGCAUUGAUCUCUCACGAAUGGCCUACUACAUGGAGAAAGACGUCAAGGUGCUGCCCCUGUUCCGUGACGAGAAAAAGUUUGAGCCUGAAGUGAAGGGCCAGAAGCUGGAGAUGGAGAACAUCAUCGUCUACUACGUGGACGAGGAGCCGCCCACCUUCACCAUGAAGCGGCUGACGGGCGGAAUCAUCGCCGUCAUCGUGGUGGUGGUGCUCGCCGUGGUCGCCGGCCUGCUCAUCGUGUUCUUUGCCAGGAGGAGAGAGCAGCAGCGGUAUGCCAAAGCAGAGCCCAGAGAGAUGGAGGCCAUGUAAAGUCUUCUCAUCACACUGGAAGGUCAUGGCAAGAAAUCCCCAGCUUGCACAUCGCCUUUUGCAGGAACUUGUGUGCAGUGUGUGUUUGCCAUUCUUUUUUUUUUUUUUACAUUGUACUUGAGGAACGUGGAUUGUAAGGAAAUGAUCAACCGUCUAUUUUUUUUUUGGCACUACUGAUCCCCUACUGCAUGAUUUAUUUAUAAACUGUAAAGUCAAUGCACAUCAUGCCAUCUCUACAUGCCAAAAGGAACUGUGCUUUUAUAAAUAAUAAUAAUUAUAAUUAUAACGGCACAUGCCUUGAUUUUAAUGUUUAACUUGUCAAAAUGGAGAGUUCCAUUUUCAUAGAUUGUACAUAACAGUUUGUUAAGGAUUUGUGUUUUGUUUGGAUUGUUUUUAAUAAAACGA